CUUUCGGCGGUCUAUUUAUCGGUGUCCUGCGCUGCCGAUCGAAGAUGGUGAUCUUCACCUAACCUUUUCUUUGUCUCUUUGGCUAUAGCAUCUUUCCUUUUCUUUCUCCUUUUGCAUCGUUUGAUCCGUGCCUUCAGCUCUGGAAGCCAGGCCGUCAAUCGCUCCUGUCAUUAACCACGUACUCGUCAACCUGUUGAUCAGUGUUGAACGCAGCUAAGGUACCCAUAGAAGGCUCUCCUGGAGUUAGUGGCUUGGUUUUAGCCUUGAUCUUGUCUUUGGAUCACCUACUGUAAUCGAAGCAUUAGCAUCUUGGAGCAGCGUCAUGGCCGACAUGCAGUAUUCUGCAGCUUCGAGCUGUCCACCCCUACGGCAGGUCCGAGGGACUCGACUCGAUACUAUACCGGAGGACUCGCGCGAGACACAGUACACGGAGCAGAAGGAGCCGGCCGCACCCAGGACCCAGAAGCCUGCGACGGUUCCUCGCUUGAAGCUGAAAACUAGCGGCCUCUCCUUGGGGUCCUUGAGGUCCAAUCGUUUCUUUUCGCCAAUAUCUGCGGGCUCCGUGUCCUCCUGCUCGGAUACAGAAUGGCAGCAGCAGAUGAAGCCCUUUGAAGAUCUCUAUGAUGCCACAGACGAGGAAUCGGUCACGAGUGACGAUUGCACUUCAUUCGCCAGCACCCGACCGACAAGUCUGACAACUCCGACGACACGAAAUUCUAUGUUGUCACCGAUUUCUCGUAAACGCUACCCGAGCCUGACUAUUCCGUCUACGACGACGUGGCCCUCACUACAAGGAGCUUGCAAGAGUUCGCCGAUUCCUCCAACACCGCCCUCCAAGAUACCAGUUUCUCCAGCAGCCUUAUCAUUUCUUGGUCGUUCUGUGCCUGCCGUCCAUGCCCCACCGUCUCUGGACGGAAGUAUAUCUUCUGACCAGGUGUCAAACUUGAGUGCUCCGGCUACUCCAGAUUUGCAGUCUCUUCCCGAUCAUGACUGGUCCUUGCCCGAUGUUCAUGUUCGACCAGACCUGGAAGAUGGUGAAGACGUCGGCAUUCCCACUCUAGGUGCAGAUCCAGAUGUUCAAAGCAUUGAGAUUGCCUUCGACGCUGCGAGUGAGGAUCUGGCUCAGGUCCUGGGAAGGUUUCCUCGCAUCCCUGGUCAGGUAACGCCACCUGCCUUCGACUCAGAACCGGAUUUGGUGCGCGGAGAUACGCCUUCGGAUGCAGGAGUUCACCUUCCCGAGGAUGCUUUGGAGACUUUGAGGCAUCUGUCGCUCAAUAGGCAGCCCGAUCCUUGGUCAGAAGCAUCCGAUAGCAACGAUGAGAUGUGGCAAGUCGAGACGCCGCCGCAGCGACCCCGUAGCGCUGAUGGCGCAACUCCUGCAUCGGAGCUUUCCGGUUAUAGCUUUAGCAGGCUGAGCAUUCCGUCGCCAGGCGGCUUCUUUGCUUCGUUGGCGCCCCGCGCCCGGCACACCUGGGCCAUUCCGAAUGGGAACAAGCCACCCAACUCUGCCACUGCUGAGAGGUUCUACAAACUACCCUUUUCCCGUACUGAGGGUGAGAUUGUUGAGCAUGUCAUCGAUUAUCCGGAGAGAGCAACGGACGAGGAGUUGACGGCAGUGUACGACCCAAAUGGGCCGCCAACUGCCAUUAGGAUCCCCGCAGAGGUCGCUCUCGAGUCCUUGGACAUGUUGAAGAGCCCAGUGAGCACGGUCGUUGACGAAAUGGAUCACGCUCAGGUGUCCGCUGCGCUAUCAGAUCAAACCGAGCUAGAUGAGGAUUAUGAAGCGGAACUCAAGAAGAAGGCGAUGUCAGGCUUGGAUAGGACCAGUGUUUGGCUGGCAGCUCAAGCUUCUUACCUAGCAGCAUUGAAUGAGACAAAUCCCGCCAACACCAUCGACAAGGAAAGCGACGGCGAAACUGAAGCCCCUCAGAAGGUUACCCAACAAGUUCCAAGCUCUCUGGCCCGCAAAAGAUCGGUCAAGUUCACCGGAAUGCUCCCACCUGCCAUCAGCUCGCAACCUUCCCCUCUGGCAAGUAAGGAUUCGAUAUACUGGAGAGGAUUCCAAGCACUACGUGAGCAAUCGAGCAUUCAAGACACUCACGUACAUCAGCACGCUCGCUUUGACGCUAUUCAGUCUGUUCGUGUCGGUUUGACCGGUUUACACGUCGACUGCCUGAUGGGAAAGUAUGAGUUGGUUCCUACUCAGCGUCCCGCAUACAAGGGGCCCUUCCAAAUGGCACCUCGCAAUUCGACGCUUGACUCGGCUCGCAUGGAGAGGGCUCAGUUCUCCAUGGUUGAGAAGGAGCAGUUGGUGCUGUCCCAGAUCCGUCAGGCUGUGUGGGCUAUGGAUUCACUAAGGUUUCUUAAUGGAGGUCGCAUGCUUAUUAGCCCUGCAUCGAGAAAGCUUCGUGGCUCGAGCCGAUUGCCAAAAUUGUCAGCAAAUGCUAGCCAACGCAGUAUCCGAGUUCUAGAUCUUGGGGGCCAUGCGUCGUGUGAGUGGGCAUGGCAAUUUGCCUAUGACUACCCCGAUGCGAAGAUUACCACGGUCUACACCAACAAUCAGGAGGUCAACCGCGGAAUCAAAGGGCGUUGCAAUCACCAACAGGUCGCUGUUGCGCAGCUGUGGAAACUUCCUUUCCCGGACAACAAAUUUGAUGUGAUCUCGGCUCGUUCACUUCCGGCUUUGCUGAAGAAGGAAUGUCCGAGCGGGGAGAUCUUGGAUGAGUAUGAUCUGUGUCUGAAGGAGUGCCGUCGCUGCCUCAAACCUGGAGGCUAUCUCGAGUACUUCAUCCUGGAUGCUGAGAUCUCACGCGCAGGUCCUCAGGGAUCUGCUAUCUCAGCAGACUUUACUGCCAAUCUCAAGGCCAGGGGCUAUGAUUCCAUGCCGUCCAAAAGCUUUCUGGGCCGCUUGCAGAAGAACUUCACAGACAUCAAGCGAGCCUGGGCCUUCCUACCCAUGGGGAUUGAGCCUACUAAGGUCGAACCACCUCGGGAAACACCCGACCCACGAGUGAAGAGUCUUGCUGGAGAUUGCGAAGCGAUACAAGGUCCUGUCGGCAGUACUGCCGAUAUUGCCAGUAUCACUGGAGUGCUUGGAGGAUGGCUCUGGGAACAGUGGUAUGUGAAGCUGCAGCAGGAGAUGGGAGUUGAUCGAGAGAAGCUGCUCGCAGGCGUGGGAGCUGUGUUCGAUGAGAGCCGUAAGAACGGAGCAGGCUGGACCUGUUUAUCCGGAUGGGCGAUGAAGCCACGGCGUCGAAGACGACGUGGCGGUCAACCGAAGGGGAAGGGGGUGAAGAGCCCUUGCAUGUGAUUAUUUCAUUCUUUUCUUUAUCUGCCUUUGGUCUGGGCCCAGGUGGUCCGUUCCGUCCUUCGUGAUACCCCCUACCCGCCCUGGUUGGCGAUGCUUAAUGUAAUAAUUGUGUGUCGAGUGAACGUGCCCAUGAUUGGAACGUUCUAUUGUGUUUUUCUUAUGUGCAAUGAGCUGAUGUGAAUGGGACAUGGGAGAGCAUCUAGUCAAUCUUUGUCUAGGUUCGAUGCGGCCUUUAACAGCGCCCUACAGCCAAAUUGAUGGAAAGUUAUGGUCAC